AUGAAUAAUACAACUCUAUCGUCAAUGACGGUGGUACCGUCUGGAGAACCACUCCCACGUCAAUCACGGCAUCCAACUUCAGAACCUUGCGAUGACAUUCACAAUAUAGACAAACCUGAUGGAGCACAUGAACCGGAUGUGGCAGGAUCCGAUGAUGCUUACAAAUCGGAAAAUGAACCAACUACAUCAGUAGAGGCGCCAACCCGUACAACACGUUGGUCGUCCGCUAUAUUAAGCGGUAUAGACCCACGGUUACGUUUCGCAAAUAGACGCUUCGCAGAUAUAUAUGAUGACCCGGAUUCAUGUGAACUGAAACGUCAACGACGUGUUAAAGCAGCACCAAAAUUGGCAAGGAGUAACCCUUCGCCAUUGGAGCUGGAAUUAACCUUCAGUGAGGAUGAAUUCGAACCAGAUCAUCAUACCGAUAUAUCUAGUGUACGCGAAGUGCUUAAAACUAUCAGUGAUAUCGUAACAUCACUAGUGCCGAAAAUUCAUUUUAAGUUUCAACAAUUGCAGGAGGAACAGACGGAACAGGGUGCAAGCAGCGGUUAUGAAACUCGUUCUGCAUCAGCACGUUCACACGAUUCACGUAAUCGUGAUGAUCCACCGUCAUGUCGUUUAUUAGGUAGUAGUUCUGAUAAUGCAGAUCACCUUGGGGCUUGUGAUGACCUUCGGACAUUACAGCGGGACCUAGAGGACCUGUUACAUAAGAACAUCUACUCAAAUGACGACCGUCGUAAAAUUAUCAUCUAUUCAACCCUAGAGCUAAUUGCUCUAAGGGCUAAUUAUUAUUAUCGCAUGCUUCAAAAUAUGGAGCAAUUGGCACAGUAUUCAUAUCUUACAUCCAGUAUUCCAUCGGAGUUCAUCAACUCCCUCAUCGAGAUAUAUCGUGCAGCGUCCAUGGAACACUUGGAACACCUUCGUAAACAGAUACCUGUCAAACUGAGGUACACAGGUCUACUUGAUUUCAGACCACUCCGACAGGAAGGUCACAGAGAACAUGUAGAUAUGGACAGCUUAAACGCCGUACUAGCCAAGUUCGAUUAUCAAAAAAUCAAACAGAUGCAAGCAUUGCCAAUACCGAUGCGACCGACACCUCAAGUUAUACGAGAGACCACCAUACCAACACUUCAACGUCAAUUGAGCAGUGAUCUCGUCAAAUUUGACAUGGCUAAACCAUUACAACGGAAAGUGAGUAAUGAAAUGGGCAAGUCGGAGAUGCUGGUUAAACCAUUACAACGGAAAGUGAGUAAUGAAAUGGUUAAAUCGGAUAUUGUGGUAUCACGUGCUUCGUCUAUAAAGAGUGAUAGCGGUGUAGUCCCGGUUGUCGAGAAGCCAGUGGAAUCGACAACAGUUGUAGUGGAUUCUGCCAAAGAUGAACCUAAAGCGGUUGUAGAAGAGAAACCUGCAGUGGUUGAAGAGAUACCGGUUGAGGUAGAACCGCCGAAGCGUAAACGUGGCCGUCCUCCAAAGGGUACACCAAAGCGUCCGAAGGCCAAGACGGCAGCAGUGACGAAACGGGUGACAAGAUCAGCCUCAUUAGCAUCUGCGAAAGAGAAAACGCCAGUAGCUGUGUCAGUACCGUUGUCAGUGUCAGCACCAGUUCCACCAGCAGCUCCGCCACCGGAGCCGGUGGUACCUGAGCCUUUUGACCCUAAGAAUAUGCCCAGUCUGUUUAGUGACGUGAGUGACGACAGCGCGACGGAGGUGGAUGAUAAGCGUGUUCCUGUGAAGGUAGCGAGUGGUCCUGUAACUCCAAAAGGUUCGAGGAUAUCAAAGGUUGCAGAAACAACCAUCGAAGUUACAAGUACGUCGGCAACCCGAAAUGAUGUACCAAAACAAGUUACAAAACGUACUAUUAUAAGGAGUCGUUUGAGUAGGAAUGUCGAGAGUUGGCGUAGUUUGAAGGCAAACGACUCUUUGGAGUCCUUUAAGCUUGAUGGCGGCGAUGUUCUGAAGAUCCCUAAGCGGAAGAAGGAAGCUGUGGUUGAACCUGCUAAAUCGCCAGAGAAUAUUGUAUCAUCAGAAAUGAGUAAGUCUCCGGAAACUGUAAAGUCAAUGGAAACAAUAAAGUCGCCUUUAACUGUUAAAUCACCUUUAAGUAUCAAGUCACAGGAGAUGAAGAAGACACCUUUAACUGUUAAAUCACCUUUAAGUAUCAAAUCCCAGGAGAUGAAGAAGUCUCCGGAUAGUAUUAAAUCGCCAGAAUCAUUUGUGGUACCAAGGCAUGUUGAAAAGGUAGUCAGACCUGAACGUCUGGUAACUCCGCCUCCAAUUCAUCAUUCACAGGUGAAGGCAGCUCCUGUCCAGAAGCGUGCUGCGUCACCUAUCUCGGCCCCCUUACCGAUAUCCUCGAGUCCUCGAAUAAAGGCGCCACAUCCAGUACCUUCGGUCCAUGAGGGGCCCAUGCACUCACGUUCCGGCGGUUACCGCAUCUACAGCCCUCCCCGCGAGUUUCGGGAAUACAACCCGCAACGUGAGUACCGGGAGUAUAGCCCACCUAGAGACUAUAGGAGGUACAGCCCGCCGCGUGAACGGUAUGCCGAACCCCCGCAACUGCGCCAUAGUGGGAGCUACUACUCCGACCACCGUCCCACGGCACAGGCGACCCGUGAUGAGGGGGGUAGGUGGUCUUUCGACAACGCGCACGGUCCCUCGAGGGUUCCGUAUUACCCGCAUUCCGAGGAGCCUCAGGGGUCGGAGUACUACGGCUACUACGAUUCGCGGUAUAACGGUGAGAGGGGGCCACCUUACCGUGAGGGGGGAUACUAUGAGAAUUACGGUUACCGUAAACCUUCUAGGUACAGAGGACGUGUUGGCUACAAUCGAACCAUGCAGUAUAGGGGUAACUCGGGAAACUAUGUGUCUGAUGGUGAUUCGGUAUCAUCAUUAGAUUCACAACGUCAUUAA